AGAAUAAAGAGGGAGGUUUGUUCUGGCAAGGUCAUUCGUUAAUUUUCUACAUUUAAGUGCAAUGCUAACAUCUUCGAUCUCAUUUUGGAUCUUGGAAGUCACAAAUACCAAAAGCAACCUAGUUGUUUAGAUUCUCUACAAUUACUUUCUAUCCUUCAAAUUGCAGAGACACCAAGAUUCAAUCCCUCCAAUUGCAGAGGACACAUCAGGCUUUGAAGCUUGUACAAGUAGCACUGCUGAAGUUUCUCGUUCAUUUGGGGUCGCCUCUUCCUCGGAAGAGCCAGAACGCUUCUACAAUGUGGGGGAUGGACAGCGUUUUCUGAAGAGGUGGCCCUCUACGCCCCAACCAGGCACUCGUGUUUGGAUAAGGUAUGGUGGCACAGUGUGUUAUGGACAAGUAGUGCAUUGUAUGCCUGAACUUAAUAUGUUCACUGUACGACCAGCUGAUGGUGGCUCUAGGCUUGUCACUCGUGGUCUAGAAGAUAUCCUACCUUCUACACCUCAACAGUCAAUCUUAACUCCACCGACAGAAGACGAAUGGGAUAGUGACUUGAUUGGAUGUGAUGAAAUUCCCCCAAAUCCGCACAGUAUUACAGCUUUCCCCACUAAAUGCGAGGCCACUAUUUCGGACUCCUUUUCUUACCCAUUAUUCAUCGAUGUACCAUCUAGAGCAUCUAUUGAUGAGGGAUCAUCUUUUGAAAAAAUGACUACUUUGUCUGGUCUGCCAUCAAACUCUACAGCGUCAUUCGGUCUUUCACCGAUUCUGGGCUCCUCAGAUGUAACUGAUGUAAAUAUCCCUAGAGAAUCCGCAGGACAUUUCGAUGUUUCGUCUCAUAGGACAUUUGCUGAUAAUAAUCCCUACCCUCAUAAGUCAACACUUGGUACCAGUCUCCCUUCUCGUGGGUCCAUGGAUCCCUCAUCUGUAACACAUCUGGUGACUCAGAGGGUAGGUUCCUCGAACAGUGAUAACUGCUUUCACAAACGUUGGGAAACGUUUUCUUCCCAACCAGAGCUAUCUUAUAAAGGACUGGUAAAAACACAUGAUUUAGACUCACCUCUUGAAGUCAAGCGAACCUCCGUUCCAUCUCAAACCACAAGUUUCCGAAAUCAAACCUCAACAGAUUAUGUGAUUGAAGCUGUUUUGCACUGGAUUGAGUCUAUUUCUCCUAAUACAACAUCUGAAUCUAGCACUUGGGAGAAAGUAGACAUAAAUGAACUCAAAGAAACUAUGAAAACAUUAUUGGCAUCAUCAAAUACAUUUGAAGGGGAUUAUGUUCAAGACUAUUCUGAAGAUCGCCCUCAACCAUCUGUGUACUCUCCAUCAUGUUUUGAACAGGCUCAUUUUUCAGUAAUUGAGACAAGUUCGGAAACCAGCAUGUCUUCACCAUCUAGUAAUGUUUGUUUAUGCCCCAAAUCAAGUUUAGUCACAGUGAAUAGAGAAACUGUUGUUUCAAAUUACCAGUCAACUCGUUUCAUGAUCAGUGAACCACAGCAGCAGCAACAACAACAAGAUGUAUCACAGUAUUGUUUUCCGAAUCCUCCAUCUACAUGUCCAAAAUGUUUCCAUCAUGUUGGCGCACAAAAUUCACUAGAGUUUGUCAGGGAUAAGAUAUCACCCUGUGAUUGUAAAUCAUUUCAAGGGGAUUCAAAUAACACAAAUCCGUUUCAUCUUGACCCAAUUUUUGAAAAUACUUGUGUUUUUUCUCCCAAUUUUAUCCACUCAUCAUUGGAUCCCAAGAGUGAUAUUUUCACCAGUUCCGAACCUUCAUCUAAUCCUCUUGUUUAUGCUCAACAAAUUCUUCCAUCAUUAAUUAACGAACGUGGUUCAGUGAGUUUUCAGUUAUUGUCUUCCAUAUUGGCUCAUAGUCGUAUUGAAUGUAAUCAAGAUUGUCAAAAAAGUAUGCUGUUAGAUGGAUUAAAACAAGCUUUCAGUUCUAUAAUGUUUUCACCCACUAGUGUGCCUUCAACACCGACAACCAAUGAAGUUAAUUAUGUUGCAGAUGCAGUCUACUCUAGAAGUCAUUCAUCAAUGCUACGUGAAAAUAAAGAACAACCAAACACUGGAUGUACAGUUCCUGUACGUAGACACUUGUCUUGUGUUGGAUUUACGGAUAGUUUAAGUCCUGUAUCAUUGAUGGACAGUCCAACACAUAAUUUAAGUGAAGCUCAUAAUAUAUUUCCACGUCCUUCGGAAUCAGGUCCAUACUUUUCUGAAAGUUGUCCGAGUCAUAUAAAUGUUGACCAUGCUAAGGAAUUGCAAACGACCUCCUUAUCAUACCCCAGUGGUAGUGCAGAAAUGCUUCAUCAUGUAUAUUUCCCACCCAGGAGUCAAGAAUCUAAGUCUGGAGAGUUUCUUAAGCCGGAAACUUCUCACACAGUUGAACAAGGGUACACCAUUCAGUUGAACACCUCAACCAAUGAAGCUUCAAUGAAAACAAAUGUUGAAACAAGUAAAACAUUGAAAUUUCAAGUUAACUGUAAUUCUUUCGUUUCACAACCUCGAAAGUUGGAUUACAGAGAUUCAAUCAGUGGCAUACCUUUACGUGUUGGCUUACCACCAUCAACUACUAGUGGACGUAUCGAUGUUCGUAAAUGUCGUAAAGUUUACGGGAUUGAAAAUCGAGAUCAAUGGUGUAAUCAAUGUAAAUGGAAAAAAGCGUGUCGACGUUUUCCAAAUCCAUGCUCAGUGUCUAAACAUGCUCAAGGACUAAGUAACCGUAAUCUCCCAGCGGAAAAAUGUAGUCGACAACCUCUUGAAUCUAAUGUAACUGAAAUGUGUGUUAUUUGUUCACCAGCAUGCUCAUCUGAUAUAAGUCUCCCACAUAUGACUUCUCCAAGUAGUUGGUCAAUUUCAAGUUCUAUCUAUGGAAAAUUAUCGGAUAAUCCAACUGUUCCUUAUAAAAAUUUAACUGGUCAAUAA